AGUUCCGCGUUGCGGAGCAUUUAAAUCCUGCAGCAUUUCCUGCAACUUCUACUCGCUCUUGCUGCAGGAGAGCUUCUGUCACCAUGACCGACCAGGGAGCCUUCGACACCAACGUGGUGACCAUGACACGGUUCGUUAUGGAGGAGGGCAGGAAGGCCAAAGGCACCGGGGAGCUGACAACACUGCUCAACUCGCUGUGCACGGCAGUGAAGGCCAUCUCCAGCGCCGUGCGUAAAGCUGGGAUCGCACACCUUUAUGGUAUUGCUGGCAGCACCAAUGUCACGGGUGACCAGGUGAAGAAGCUGGACAUUCUGUCCAAUGAUCUAGUCAUCAACAUGAUCAAGUCUUCCUUCACCUCCUGUGUGCUGGUGUCUGAGGAGAACGAGAAGGCCAUUAUUGUAGAGCUAGAAACCAGGGGCAAAUAUGUUGUUUGCUUUGAUCCAUUGGACGGCUCUUCCAACAUCGACUGUCUCGUCUCCAUUGGGACCAUCUUUGCCAUCUACAAAAAGACCACAGAUGAUGAGCCCUGUGAGAAAGACGCCCUGCACCCGGGCAGGACCCUGGUGGCAGCGGGCUACGCCCUCUACGGCAGCGCCACCAUGAUGGUGAUCUCCACCGGAAAGGGAGUCAACGGCUUCAUGCUCGACCCGGCAAUUGGCGAAUUCAUCCUGGUUGAUCGAGAUGUGAAGAUCAAGGAGCGCGGCAAGAUUUACAGCUUGAACGAAGGAUACGCAAAGUACUUUGACCCUGCUGUCACAGAGUACCUGCAGAAGAAGAAGUUCCCUGAGGAUGGCAGUGAGCCCUACGGAGCCCGUUACAUUGGCUCCAUGGUGGCAGACGUGCAUCGAACACUGAUGUAUGGAGGCAUCUUUUUAUACCCAGGAAAUGUGAAGAGCCCCAAAGGAAAGCUGCGGCUGCUGUACGAAGGCAACCCCAUGGCCUUCAUCAUAGAGCAGGCGGGUGGCUUGGCCUCCACCGGCCUCGAGCCCCUUCUGGACAUCCAGCCCGACAGCAUCCACCAGAGGGCUCCAGUGGCUAUGGGCUCCAAAGAGGAUGUGAUGGAAUACAUCGCAAUCUGCAAGAAACAUGCAAAGAAGAAGUGAGACGCACUGACUUACUCUCACAACCAUCACGGUCGGGCAAAAGACCUUGUGUCACCAAACUGGAAGUCUGCCUGUUUACGAGCCUGAUUGAAAUGUAUUAUUUGAUAAUGGUUUCUUACAUUCAAGAAGAUUGGAGUUACAAGGAUUUGAAUGUUAUUUGAGCAAUGUACACUGUACAAUAAGCUAAGUUACGCACAUAUUCCACACAAAGCUACCAAAGGUCAAAAGUGCCAAAAAAUAGACAAAUGCACUUCUUAAAAAAACAGAAGAGUGUUCCUCCUGUUUACUUCCCGUUGUGCCUUUUUUAAAUUAAAAUGAAGAUACAUUCUAGUAAGGUGAAGGACCAAUACAACCUCUAUGCAUACACCAUUAUGCCUUUUAAAUAUGUGAACGUUGUCGAAUGUUGGAGUCUCUCAAUAAAUCCAGAUGAGUUUAAGAAGACAAAAUCAGUCAUCUUGGAAGAAUAUGGAACAAGAAUUAAUAGCAUGAAAAAGAUUAAGGGACUUUCUCCUUUUAGGUAUAUCUACCAAGAAAUGUGGUUUAAUGUACGGUCCAAUUUGAACUUAUAUGAUUAAAGUGUUCAGAGCAGCAGGAAAAUUGCUGAAUUUUAAAAGUGUGUGAUGUAAGUCAUCUCUAUUAUGGAACAAUCAUAACCUAUUGACUGGGGUCAAACCAUUUAACAACAAAGCGUGGGAGGAUAAAGGUAUUAAAACUCUUCAGGACAUUAA